UUAUUGUGUGUUAAUUGCCUUAUAUCUUUAACAAAUACAAACAUGGUUUUUAAUCAAACUAUACCACAAAUAUUAGUAUUCUUUAGGUUUUCCAUAAACCACUUUGUAUUCUAGUUUUAGUUCAUCAAAUUAGUCAUUUUUUGGUAUUAGAAAGUCUUUAUGGUUUAGAAAGAUCGGGAAAUACGUAAAUAACAUUUAAUUGUAUGAAAAUAUUCAUGGAUUUGUAGGCAACAUUACUCCCAUAUGAUAUGUGAAUAUAGGUCAACAAAUGUACACAGAGGAACGUUUCGGCGAUAGGCGUCCAAACAUGAAUAUUCAGAGUAAGGCGACGGCCGGGAGGCCGGGAGUCGGGCCGCCAAUAACUGUUAACUUGCGCCAUAUUGCGCCGGCGAGCAUUAUCUCUCCCUUGCGGUUAUCCUACUCCUCGCUGACCCAUCAAAACAUCGAUUGUACGAGCGCCUCGUCUCCGCUUCCGUAACAGUCAGCUUUGCUUCAUUCCAGAUUUAGAUUUACCGUUCACUAUUACAGCUACCGUUAUGUAUUGACUCUGAAAUCAUCGCUAGCUUAGCUAAUAGGGUUGCCGAAAAACGUUGAAUUUGAAAACAACUUUAUUUUCUUAAAGCAAAUAUUGUUCGUAUAGAAGUAUAGCUACAUGGCGACAGUUCUUGCGACAGCUCUGCCACUUUUCACUUUUGAGCGGUAUUGGUAAGCGCUUAAUUAGGCAAUUUAUCGACGGCGGAUAGAUUAACCUAACAUACGGCCAAGUUUGUUUACUUCGAUGAAGGUUGCAUAGAAUUGCGAGGCCCCCAGUGUGCGCGCGAGGCUGCGCUAGCGCACGCGUCUCGGCGGCGCCAACUCCCACCUUGCGCAACAUUGUGUCCGCGCCGUGUUCACCCAUACGUUUUCAUCAAAAGCUACGACGUCGGAACAGAUAUGACUAUCGUUUUGACAUUUCUCGCAAACGUAUUCGAACGAAAAAAACGAAAAUGAAGUUACGUCUCUUAGUGUUUUUCCUGUUCUGUAUCACGAGCGUAUAUCCUAAAAUCCAUACGGGGGACGCGAUAAAAAAGCGAGAUACGCUCCACCGCAAGAAAAACACAAAUGGCUCCAAAUGUGUUUUAAACGAGACGAUAACUAAUGACUACGAGAUCCUGUCGUCGGCCGUGUCUGAAUCGAAAUAUAUUUUCACCGCUCGAGUACUGAGAGUGAGGAAGAUAAAGCGCGGCAAAAAACCCAAACUAAAAGUAUUCAUCAGUUACAAAUUAUAUUUACGACUGGUUAUGAAAGGUGACGUGGACGAGUUGAAAAAUUACAUUGUAUCCGGCGAUGGUCGUACUUUAAACGGAGGGAUCGUGUCCGUUGAUUGGCUUCAGACUAACAAGUGCGCGUACAAACUUUAUAGACAUUCUUCGGGAAUAUUUUUGAGCGACGGUUUUUACGGUGGCCUUAAUGGUGAGAAGCAGCCGCGGCUGCGCUUGUUGAACGAGCCACUACCACUGUCACUUUACGAUCUGGAUAGAGUGAAUGCGGCAUUGAAAGAUUUACAUUAUCAACCGAGGCCACCUGCUCCAGAAGAAGCUUGCGAGAAGACAUUUUGCCGGUGGGGUGCGGAAUGUGUAUCCCUGGGGGACGGGCGCGCGCAUUGCGCUUGUCCCGUCUCCUGCCCCGCGACGCAGGUGCCCGUCUGCUCAACAUCUGGACGAACUUACCGCAACCACUGCUUCCUGCGCAAAGAAGCCUGCGAGAGGAGGCUGAAUCUACGCGUUAAACACGAGGGAGAAUGCGCCGGGGAUCCCUGCUCGACUGUAACUUGUCCGUCGGGUGCACGAUGUGUGGUGACAUACGGUCAAGCGGAGUGCAGAUGUCCUCGCAGCUGCCAGCGCCGUAAGCCUGUUUGCGGUUCUGACGGCAGAGAAUACCCUUCCAGUUGUCAUCUCGACAAGCACGCGUGCGACAACCAAUUGAACAUUACAAUACGAUAUCAUGGAAAAUGCGACCCGUGCGCAGAUCACGAAUGUGCGGACGGAGGUAUCUGUCAAUUGAACGAGUCCCGCACGCCUGUAUGCCGAUGCGGGCCCGCCUGCGAGCUGGCUCCGCGGCCAGGCGCUGCGCUCUGCGGCUCCGACUACAAGGAUUACCCAAGCGAGUGCGCCUUACGACGAGAAUCCUGUCGUACAAGGCAGCAGCUCUCUAUAGCUUAUAGAGGAGAAUGCGCUUCAGCUCAACACCCUUGCGAGAGUGUAAAGUGCGGUGUCCGUGAGCGUUGCCUGCUAGACGCGCACGGCGUCGCGGUGUGUGCAUGCGGCGCGCCCUGUGAGGACUUCGUGCGUCCUGUGUGUGGCACAGACGGACGCACAUACGACAACCCUUGCUCAUUGGAUCGCACAUCUUGUUUGGAAAACAGGGAUAUACGAGUCGCUUACAUGGGACCUUGCGGUGUAGAGAAUCCCUGCGCACGCGCAAGCUGUCCUUGGGGCGGGGCAUGCGUGUCACGCAGCGGUGCCGCUCAGUGCUCCUGCCCUGUGUGCGACGCGACAUUAGCGCCGGUGUGCGCAUCCGACCACAACACGUACGGUAGCGAGUGCAAGAUGCGAAUGCACGCUUGUCAAGCUAACAUCAAAGAACAGGACCUGACAGUGCUCUACAAUGGAACUUGUCAAACGUGUGCUGACAUCUUAUGUCAAGGAGGAGGUGACUGCGUGUUGGACACCGAUACUGGUAGACCUGCAUGUCGAUGCAAUCACAACUGUACUGAGGCACAGGAAUCAGAAGUAGUAUGCGGUUCGGACGGACAAACGUACAUGUCCCAAUGCGAGCUCGACUCGACUGCGUGUCGCGAGCAGAGCGACUUGCGGCUGGCGUACAGAGGUGAUUGCGCUCUUUGUGACGGAGUGCGAUGUUCUUUUGGAGCACAUUGCGUAGCCGGAGAGUGCCUGUGUCCAACCGACUGCACAGACGCGCCGCGAGAGCCGGUCUGCGGCAGCACCAUGCAGACAUACCCCAACGAGUGUGAAUUGCAGAAAGCAGCUUGCGGGCUCCACCCGCCCACGACCUUACACGUCAUAUUCUACGGGGAUUGCAAGGACCGACUUGCUGUUGUACCUCCUAUAGCAAUGACGACGACCGCGAUGACCACUACAGAGGCAGAGGAAGGGUCGACGGAGCGGUCGGGGGCAGAGGAGGAGGGGGGCACCGCCAACCCAUCCGUGUGCAGAGACAUCCGCUGCGACUUCGGCGCCAGCUGCGAGCUCGGCGACGACGGCUACCCGCGCUGUUCUUGCCUUUUCGAAUGUCCACCCGACGAUGAAUACUUUCCAGUGUGCGCGUCUGACUUUAGACUUUACCCUAGUUUAUGCGCAAUGCGGAAGGAGGGCUGUCAAAAGCAGCUGGAGCUUAGGUUGCGACCAUUGGACUUGUGUAAAGGUAUGGAGGUAAGACCGUGCGGCAACAAUAAAGCGAUGGUUGACCUCACAACUGGUCUGGAAAUUGACUGUGGAAACGGACCUCAUCGUCAAGACUGCCCCACUGGAAGCUAUUGUCACAUCACCGUUUCAGCUGCAAGAUGCUGUCCUAAAAAUGACACAAAACCUGAAGAGAAGAAGGUACUGCACUGUUCCGACACAGAGUUCGGUUGUUGUUCCGAUGGUACCACAUCAGCGACUGGUCCUAAUGAAGAAGGUUGUCCUAUCACGAGCUCGUGCGGCUGCAACCGAUUGGGUUCGGUAUCUGAUCGCUGUGAUGAUGACGGCCAGUGUGUCUGUCGGCCCGGCGUUGGUGGACUCAAAUGUGAUAGAUGCGAACCCGGCUACUGGGGCCUACCGCGUAUUGGUUCCGGUCAUACAGGCUGCAUACCAUGCGGAUGCUCUGCCUUCGGGUCUGUGCGCGAGGACUGCGAGCAGAUGACGGGGCGCUGCGUGUGCCGGCCCGCUGUGCAGGGACAGAAAUGCACAGUGUGCGCCGACCACAGACGCCGUCUUGGACCCAACGGAUGCUCUGAUCCUGAAAUAGGUGGCGUGGUAGAGUCAUGUGUGGAUUUAUCAUGUUACUUCGGGGCGGUGUGCACGGAGCGUACUGGCGGCGCGCGCUGCGAGUGUGCCGCCGCGCCCUGCCCAGACACAGAUACUAACAUGCUGGUAUGCGGGAGCGACGGCAGGACGUACGAAUCGGAGUGUCACCUCAAGCUGCAGGCGUGCCGCACGCAAGAUGACAUCGUGGUCCAGGCGUUUGGGCCCUGCAAGCUGUCGGAGGUGCCAGGCACCGCGGGCCCGCCUAGACCCUCCUCGCCCAUACAAUUUACACAACAAGACGACGGAGCCGCCUCGAAAUCAACAAGGCACUUACUAAACCCCGACAAAUAUUAUAAUAAAUACGAUUGGAACCGGAAGGAAACGCCCAGUGACUACGAUAGCUCUCUAAACGGACAGAAGUUUAAAGGUUCGCAAACAGCAACUACGGCGACAGUGAGCGCGGUGAGCGCAGUGGACGGAGAGGGUGCAGUAGGCGCGGUAGGCGCGCUGUUGGGUGACCUGUGUACAGAUGAUGUGGACUGUGAGGUGCUGCCGGGCGCGUAUUGCGCUCGCGGUGGUUGCGUCUGCCGACCCGGGUUCACGCCUACCGUACACAGAAAAGCUUGUAUUGAAGAAGUUACUCAAGACACGACUGAAGAGUAUAGCGCAUGUUUAUCUGAACCUUGUCACAACCUCGGUACAUGCGUUGAUUUACCCGGCACUACGUAUACAUGCAUCUGUACUAGCCUUUACACCGGUUCCAACUGUGAAACGCUUAUCAAAGACGGCUUAACGAGUGCAUACAUCGAAACUCCCUCGUUCGACGGCUCCUCUUACAUUCGAUUGAAACCGCUCAAAGCCUACCAUAAGUUGAACAUCGAUAUCGAAUUUAAAGCCUUCACUGAAAACGGAGUCAUAUUGUACAAUCAACAGAAACCUGAUGGUACUGGAGAUUUUGUAUCACUGGCUUUGGUAAAUGGAUAUUUGGAAUUCAGAUACAAUCUCGGUAAUGGAGCAAUCAUUUUAACGUCUCUCGAAAAAAUCACACUAAAUGAAUACCAUAAAGUAUCAGCUAAGCGAUAUCAUCGCGACGGUAUUUUAUCAGUGGACGGUAUGGAAGACGUCGCGGGUCAGUCCAGUGGCAACUUGAAAGCCUUAGAUCUAGCCGACGAUACGUUCAUUGGCAGCGUUCCAACGAACUUUUCCAGGGUCUUCGAUAAUAUCGGCACCCGAGCCGGCUUUGUCGGCUGCGUGAAAUACUUGAGAAUAAUACGUCAUCAAGUGACAAAGAAAUUGGGCCGACCGGACUCAUUAGUCCUGUCUAUAGAAAACGUAAGGGAGUGCCAACCUAACCCUUGUAUGAGUAUGCCGUGUAAGAACGAAGCUACGUGUAAGCCAACGGACGGAUCGGCGAUUGAAUAUACAUGUAUCUGCCCUAUCGGAUUUCAAGGAGCCAAUUGUGACGAGAGAUUAGAUCCGUGCGAGUCGAAUCCCUGCGGACACGACGAGGGCCUAUUGUGCGACAUCUCUCCCGACGGCGGACACGUCUGUCGCUGUUUGUUUGGAGGCGAAAUAGGAUCUAAUGGAAAUACUUGCAGCAACGACGUCAGCGUAGUACAGGAAACUUGGUCGCCCCAGUUUAAUGGGACGAGCUACAUAGAAUUAUUGCCGCUCGAAGGCUUGGGCAAAGCGUUCCGAAUUGAAAUUUGGUUUUUAACGAACCGAUUCUCCGGAAUGCUGUUCUACACGGGCCAGUCUAAUAAAGCCAAGGGGGAUUUUAUUGCGAUUAACUUGGUUAAUGGCUACCUACAGUUUAGAUAUAAUUUAGGCAGCGGGAUCGCUAAUAUCACGUCGCCAGUGCCGAUCACGAAAGGUCGGUGGCAUCGUGCACGAAUCACACGGAUGGGUCGGCACGGUAGCCUGCAGCUCGAUCACCAUCCAACUCAGAGGGGCCACUCAGCACCGCCACUUACUAACCUUGAACUCACUCUACCACUGUUCAUUGGCUCUUUGCCAGCAUACAUCCGUCCGCAUAAAAUGUCUGGAGUGACCAGCAGUUUUAUAGGCGCUGUGCAACAGGUCUUUGUGAACGGCAGCCCUCUAGUAUUGUAUAAUGCUGAUACAGCGAAAUGCGCACUUGUACAAGAUGAGUAUAGGCUGCCUUGUGCUACGAGCGGGGUUACCAAAUAUAUUGGACCACCUUGCGGCGAUGGUCUGACUCCGUGCAAGAACAAUGGAUCCUGCAUUCCAUUAUUAAAUGAGUACAAGUGCAUUUGCCGCGACGGAUACCACGGCAGGAAUUGCGAGCUGCAAUUAAAAGUAGAGAUGCUAAAUGACGGUGCGCCUAUUAAGUUCGACGGGAACAAUUAUUAUUCGUACAGAAGUAAAGGUAGCCGCAGGAACCGUGAUAUUCGCGGUAUUAGAUACGAAAUAAAGUUCCGAACUUAUAAUGACUCAGGACUUUUAUUAUGGCGGCGUAAAAUAGGGAUUCGACCGCGUGAUUUUAUCGGCCUUGGACUUAUUGGGGGACGAUUGCAACUAAUUUACACGGAUACUGAUAUCAAGGAGGUGAAUUUGGCAUCUCAAGAGGACUGGUUCCAAUCUAUCGAAUCUAAAGUGAGGGUAGAUGAUGGGUUAUGGCACACGGCAACGGUGAGACGAAGAAAGCGUCUGGCAAUGUUGCAAGUUGAUGACGCUUCCCCUGUGAGAGGGUAUUCACAGUCAUUGUUGGUGCCCUCGAAAGCCAACCCUAAGCUAUGGAUAGGAGGAUCUCCAUCCCUACCGCUAGGGUUGCCAGUCGCGCUGUACACAGGUCUACGAGGAUGUGUUGCAAGCAUUAAAUCCGGCGGAAGAUAUUUAAACCUACAAAAUCCUAUACGACCGAUAACGAAAGUUAGGCAUUGUGAUUAGCAUGAAAUAUUUCUUUUUACAUUUUCUAAAUAGACCUUUACUAUGUUUUUAUAAAACAUUUAAAAUUGGAUAUUAUAAUGUGUUAUUUUCCAUAAAUCGUGUCAAAAUUCUGUAUCAUAAAUAACGUUUUAUUUACCUUUACUUUAUUUUAAAUCUAUUUUUUUGUAUCUUUUUGUUAUUUCUGUGAAAAGUUUCGUAACAAAUCAUACUUAACGGACAAUACUUUUAACCACUAUAUCUUCGGACAUAGAUUUUUCAUAAUUUAGCCUUACCCUCCCAAUUUUAUAGAACAAAGAGAUUAUUCAUAUCUUUAACCAAAAGAGAUUGUUGCCAUAUUACGUUAUGUUAUAGUUUUAGUUGUAUAUAUAGAUUUUGUAUUGCUUUAACCAUAUGUAAUCGGUGCUGAGAUCGCACGACACGGAUUAUUCAAAGGAAAAUUUCAGACAUUCUUGUACAGAUACAUAAAUCUAGCUACACACGUUUAAUUUUAUCUGAAUAAUCUGACUGUUCAGAUAAAACUGAGCGUGUGUUGAGGGCUUAAGACAGUAUGUAUUACGUGUUAAUUAGGCCGUUAUAAUUAAGCGUAGAAAUGGUUGCUAUCUGAUAGUUCCCUAAUAUAAGCAGAAUCAUGAUAAUAAUAUUAUAAUAAAUGUUUAUAUUAUCAUAUUUUAUUAAUGUCCAACACAUUAAAUUAUUAAUAAUUGUGCUUUAAUAGGAACAUUCCAUGUUAAGUUUAUAAUAACAUUUUCUUACGUAUUACAAAAACAUUCCCCCAGUUAAAUCUACGAGUUUUUGAAUAUUUUAUUUCUAU